AGCUGUGAGUGAGAAGCACAGGCUGUGAGAAUCCUAUCGAAACGUCAAGUGCUUCGGAAGUAUAGACGUAUCGUUCGAAAGAUUAUGAUAUCACUGGUGUAAAUGACGUUUAUUUACUGAUUUGUUUAAAAUUUUUAAUAGUCCUGCACACACAGGAAGAUUAUCAGUCCUAUAUGGAACCAAGAUAAAAAAUCCGGAACAUUUCAAAUAUAGCUUCAUAUAUCCAAUAAUCGCGGUAAUUUCUAUAAUUAUUAUGAAUGUGAUUACUGUAAUUGGGAUAUUAUGUUUGGUUGAAUUAUGCAUUGGUACUAUAUCACCACCCACACUAAAGUGUAAGAAAGACAAGGGGAAAAUUAAUAGUAAGUUGCAUAAAGGUCCUAUAGACCGAGAUGUUUUUCAAAGAAAUUUGGUAGUAGAGAAUCCUAAGCAGCAGGAUAUACUUCAUGAAUCUGGGCAAUAUUUUCGAAAUACAAAACAUAGAAGAUUUAAGGCAGAUGUUCUGGGAUAUGUUACACCUUGGAAUGGCUAUGGAUUAGAAAUCGCAAAAAUAUUCCAUGAGAAGUUUACCAUGGUAUCACCAGUAUGGUUGUCGCUUGCUUCUAGCAAUACAUCAACUUAUCAAUUGUCUACUGAUGCUGUUCAGACCAAGUGGUUAAAAGAAAUGAGAUCCAAUAAUAAUGCUAAUCAUAGUGUUAAAUUUAUACCUAGAGUAUUAUUUGAACAUUGGUCUGCUGAUGAUAUUAUUCAAUUAUACAAUAAUGCAGAGAGCCAAACUCAUUUAAUAGUGACUCUCUUGGAUGCUGCUCAGACCUUCCAUUUUGAUGGAUAUGUCUUAGAGAUAUGGAAUCAGUUUAUAUUUGCAGGCGCAAAUUUGCCAGUUGUUACUUCAAUAGUCACAUCCAUUGCACAUAAGCUGAAGAAAAAUAAUAUAGAUAUUAUAUUAGCUGUACCACCAUCUAGAGGUUCACAAGUUGAAUUAUUUUCAAAGCAACAGUUUGAUGAACUAGCACCAUAUGUAAAAGCAUUUUCACUUAUGACUUAUGAUUAUUCAAGUAUUCAAAGACCAGGACCAAAUAGCCCUAUUGAAUGGGCUAGACAAUGUGUAGAGUUAUUAGUUCCAAAGAAAAACGACCCUAAACGAGCUCAAAUUUUAUUGGGUAUCAAUUUCUAUGGUUACAAUUAUACACCGGAUGGUGGCAGAACAAUUCUUGCAUCUGAUUAUUUGGAAAUACUCAGGUCAUUCAAAGGAAAGAUUCAGUGGGAUGACAAAAGCAAAGAACAUUUCUUUGAAUCUAAGCUAACCAUGAGCAGUGGUUAUGUUUUCUACCCCACCUUAUAUUCAAUUAAACAUCGAUUAGAUCUUGCGAAUGAAUUAGGUACAGGGAUCUCUAUUUGGGAACUAGGUCAAGGAUUGAAUUAUUUUUAUGACUUACUGUGAAUUAAAAACAUGUUCCUUUUA